AUGGCAAGUUUUCUGGGAGCAACAGGUGGUCUUGUAUCGAUUGCAUUAGCUUUCGUUCCAAAAUCUGACUCGCUUGAGCUUAAAUACAUGAAGAAAAAGUUUUCCGAGGUGAAUUCGGAGUUUGACGUAAUCAGGUCGGAGCUUGAUAACGUGAAAGAUCUCAUUACGUACGAAAAUCAGCGCGUCGCUUAUCUGGAUAGUGCCUCAAAGAUUCUGUUCAGCCAUAAUCAAUUGAUGUCAUUCCUGAAUGAAUUGCAUAAUACGUCGUGUGCGGAUGAAAAACACUGCGAUCGCGUGCGAGACAGAAUUGCAUCCCAAUAUGUCGAUGAUUUCAACGUGAAACGACACAUGUUCAAUGUCCUGAACGGUGCUAUAAAACCAACAUCAGCAUUUGGAGAGCCGCUUAUUAAUGUGAUCAGGAAAACAUUCAAGUGUGAUGUUGGCAAAAUCGACCAUCUUGCAAACAGCAUUCUGAUAUUGUCUUUCAAGGCUCAGCAAGUGAUUCUGGCGCAUGAGAAAUUGACAGGCAGCAACAUUAGUAUUACCCAAAGCGUGAAUGACUGGCUCAAAUCACUUUAUGAUCUGAGAGAGAUGACAUACAAUAUUAAAAAGCAGUGCUUUGACCAGAUUUCUAGUUAUAUGAUAGCUGAUAUCAAUGACAUGUACAAAAAAUAUCAAGUUAAUGUUGGUUUAAAUUAUCAAACAAAUCAAGAAGCGAUGAAAGUUAUGGAGGAGAAAUACAAAUGGCUUGGAUGGGUAAGAUAUUUUCUUUUAUUAUAUAGACAACUACCUGA